ACUUAGUUACAAAUUUUGACAUGAGCAUCGUUUUAACGGCAAGCUGCGCUUUCGUUUUUAUUUUGUAUUACUGGUACAAACGACCAAGGAAUUUCCCCCCUGGUCCGAGAGGUAUUCCGCUUUUGGGUAUGGUGCCAUUCUUGGGCAAACACACAGAAAAAGAUUUUAGGAAAUGGAGCAAGAAGUAUGGACCUAUGAUGUCUGUGCGAUUGGGUCAAAACGAUUGGAUUGUACUCGGCGACCACAAGACUAUAAACGAGUGCUUGGUGAAAGGCGGCAAUUCAUUUUCUGGUAGACCAGACCACCCUGUGUUUAAACAGGUUACAAAAAAUCACGGAGUGGCGAUGGUUGACUAUGGAGAUCAUUGGAAAGUUCAACGACGUUUUGGGUUAACAACACUCCGUGGCUUUGGUGUUGGCAAGCGAGGCAUGGAAGAUCGCAUUGUGGAAGAAAUCGCAUAUUUGAACAAUGCCAUUCGUUCAAACAACGGAAAACCAUUCGACAUUGCGGAACUUAUGGCAAACGGAGUUUCAAACAACAUUUCCAGCAUUGUAAUGGGUCAAAGAAUGGACUACAAUGAUGAAAUAUUUAAAACACUCAGUAAAAAAGCACCGAAUAGCGACACAAUUGGGAAAAUUACGAAGUUGGUUUUGUACAUGCCGUUCUUAAGGAAUUUGCUUUUCUUGUUUUUAAGCAAACCAAAAGAAAUGAACAAAAUUAACACAUUAAUUCGAGAAGCAAUCGUAAAUUGGGUUUCGCAGCAUAAAUCUACUUAUGACGAACACAACGUUAGAGACUUUAUCGAUGCUUUUAUUGGAGAACAAAAAAAAGAAACUGAUGUUUCCUUUACGGAUCUGCAGUUGAUCCAAUACGUACGCGACUUGUACGUUGCUGGAACUGAAACAACAACAGGAACGUUGCGUUGGGCUGUGCUAUGCUUAGUUCAUCACCCGGAGAAACAAAACAAACUACGAAAGGAAAUCUUCGAUGUAAUCGGCCGUGAAAAGACACCUAGCAUGAAGGACAAAGCUCAAAUGCCUUACACAUGUGCAUUCAUGCAAGAAUUGUUUCGUUUCCGCACGCUUGCACCUCUGGGUGUACCGCACAAGAUCAGCAAUGAUGUUCAAGUACAAGGGUGGUCCAUUCCAAAGGGAACGUGGCUUGUGUGUAACUUAUGGGCGGUGCACAACGAUCCUGAUGUGUGGGACGAACCAAGCAAGUUUAAACCUGAGCGCCACCUCGAUGAGAAGGGAAACUUUGUUCAGUCUAAAUACGUGAUGCCUUUCUCGGUGGGUCCACGUCAUUGCUUGGGAGAACAACUAGCUCGAAUGGAAAUCUUCAUCUUCCUAGUUUCAAUGGUUCAGAAGUUUGAGUUUCUUCCGGAUCCAAAUGAACCACGGUUGUCCGAGGUCCAACAGGGCGUCUCAGGAUUCAUGUGUGUACCCCACCCCUUUAAACAAAUUGCCAAGGAAGUUUGAAUUAACUAACAAUCCACGUAUAAAUUACUAUAACAUAUACAUAUGCUAUAGUGUAUAUCAUAGCAAGCAAACGAACAAAUAUAAGUGCGCUAAGUUAUUGAGCUCGCAUAUCGGGGCCAUAUAAAUUCUUUUUUUUGCCCACAGUUGUUCUUUUUCUUUGCCAUGAUCGUUUUAAUACUCUAAUUCUUUACUCUCGCAUCUAGUUAUUAUAAUCUUUUGACUGUAUUUCAACCAUAAUGCCGCAUGUUAUAUAUAAGCAUAUAAUUACGACCACUUUCAUUUUUGAUCGAAGAUUGUAAUUUCAAAAUAAACCUUGAUCCUACGUUGCGGC